GGGAGGAAGUGAUGCAAUCGUUUUAAUUACUUAUAUAGAGUGAUACUUGGAGUUUCCUUCAGCAUAUCCACACAUCGUGCUUUUACUGCCUCAACCACCAGCUCUCCAGCUCAGAAUAGGCACUAAGUUCUUCCGUUUGCUGCUACACACACUGAACAAGGAUCACUGACAACCUUUCUCACAGCAGUUCUGCAUCAAACAAGAAGAAUGAGGGUUACCAUAGUAAUGUUUUGCCUGAUUGGAGCAGCUUUUGCCAACCCAAUUUUCUUCAGUGCCAUUUCGGAAUCAAAUUCGCUUGACUCCAACUCGACUGAAAGCUUGUCGGUUUCACAAUCUUCAGAAAAUGACACCUCAGAGCUUCAGAGCUCUGAAGAAAGUACCUCUAUUCAAAGUCAGAGCUCAGAGUCAGACUCAUUAGAAUCCACAUCAGAGGACAAGACUUCAGAGGAGAGUAACAGUCAAUCAGAUGAGGAUGUUGCGAUUGAUCUCAUGAUUGAAACCAGCGAUAACAGCAUGGGCAGCGAGGAGAAUGUUCGAAAGAGUUGGGUUCAAGAGUUUGUAAGUGUCAUCAAAGACCUGAGUGCAAAGGACAACAGCAGCAUGGAGGUCAAGGGUCUACCAGACCACCUGACUGAGAAACAGCCUACUCUUACCUCUACCAGCACCACUUUAAGACAGGGGACCAAGACCAACCUACUGCUAGGGCAGAAUCUCACUGAAAGCAGCAGUGAGAGCACCAGCAGUGAAAGCAACCAGACCAACGAGACCAGUGAGGACAGUGACAGCAGCAGCGAGGAAAGCAAGAGCUUGGAGGAGAGCAAUGCUAGUGACAGCACAGAGCUGCAGCAAAUCAAAGCCCCAGACUGUGUGAAUGGAACUCAAAGCUGUGAAAGUGAUGAGUAUUUCUUCCAGGAUAUAGGAGACGAUGCUCAGUACUCAGUGGACAAUCUUAUGAUGCCAGAUGAGGCUGAAAGGGAACUAAGUUUAAGGAGAUGAGAUGCUCAUGUGCAGCUUUUUGUUUAACCACUAUGAACUACUGCACAAUUGAAUGGCCUGCCUGAAGACUUCAGGAUGAUACAUUUUAAUCUUGCCCAUCGCUUCUGAAUGUUAAUUUUGGCAAUGUUGUUACCUGCAGCUGAUUUAUAUUUGUGUGUGUGAUUAUUACUGUGAUUAAGAUUAAGUGUUUACUUUUGUUUUGAUAAUAAUAAACAUAUAAUGUAACUAUA